GAGAGAGAGAGAGAGAGCGGGAGAGAGAGAGAUGGUUCCACGUCCCUCCAUUGGCGCUCCACACGAGGAUUGUGUCACUUCUGGAAGGUUGAACUAGGAGCGACCAACCACGCAGUAGGAGUAAGGAUCCGCUUUUCCUUUUGCUUUUUUUUCCCCCCCCGACAGUGGAGGAUUAGAACUUCCCGCAAUGUGUUUCCCUCGCUGUGAGUGAAGACACAAACAAGUAGUGCUGAUAGUGUGCUGCUCAUCGACUCCGAUCCUGAAGAGCUGCGUUUUCUCCACAUCUGCGCACAGAUUAAUAUGCCCUUCAUCCAUUUAUUUUACAGCAAUACUCCUUCUCUCAGAAACCAUGGGUGCUAUGAUGCUGGGCUGGAGGUUUUCAUGUGUUCUGGUGCAGGCAGCUGUCUGGCUGCUGCUCAGCAAGGGGGAGAGGAUGUGCCCUGCGAGUUGUCGCUGCGAAGGCAAGCUCGUCUACUGCGAGUCAGGCAUUUUCCAAGACAUUCCAGAGAAUAUCACCACGGGAUGCCAAGGUCUAUCUCUGCGCUAUAACAACCUGCUGGUGCUGAUGCCCUACCAGUUUGCGCAUCUCAAUCAGCUUGUCUGGCUCUAUUUGGACCACAAUUCCAUCAGUACUGUGGAUGUUUUAGCCUUUCAUGGUGUGAGGAGGCUCAAAGAACUCAUCAUCAGCUCCAAUAAGAUAACUCACCUGCACAACAACACGUUCAGCGCCAUUCCAAACCUGCGGAAUUUGGAUCUAUCCUACAACAAGCUCCAGUCCCUGCAGCCAGGGCAUUUGUUUGGCCUGCGCAAGCUGCAGAAUCUACACCUUCGAUCCAAUGGUCUAAAACAGAUUAUAGUCCGUACCUUUCUGGAAUGCCGUAGCCUUGAGUUUCUAGAUCUGGGUUACAAUCGACUACGGAGCCUCACCCGCACAACCUUUUUGGGACUGUUUAGGCUCAAAGAGCUUCAUUUAGAGCACAAUCAAUUUUCACGGAUUAAUUUCUACAUUUUCCCACGCCUCACCAACCUGCAGGCUCUUUAUUUGCAAUGGAAUCGCAUACGAGCUGUCAGUCAAGGCGUACCUUGGACCUGGCUUAAAUUGCAGAAACUGGACCUUUCGGGAAAUGAGAUCCAAACGUUGGACCCCUUGGUUUUCCAGUCAAUGCCAAAUUUACAAACGCUUAAUCUGGAAUCCAACAAGCUCAGGAGUGUGCCGGUGGAAGCCGUGGCGGCGUGGAUUUCAGUGACCAACAUCGGCCUGGCCGGUAACGCCUGGGACUGCAGACCGAGCAUCUGCCCGCUCAUGGCAUGGCUCAGAACCUUGAGGGAUGCCAAAGACAUCAGCGUGAUAUGCAGUAGUCCCAGGUCUGCGCAGGGAGAGAGGGUUGUGGACGUUGUGGGGAACCAUUCCACCUGUGUGGACGUAAUGUCUAAUGUGAUUACUACCAAUGCUCCCAUUGGAUUGACUUCAAGCCCCUUUGUGAACACCACAUCUCACCCUCUCCUCCCUGGUGUCACGCAGCUGGCUCAAAGUGAGUCUUCGGUGCAUACAUCACCACCUUCAGCCAUCCUUCCUAAUAAGACAGACAGACAGAGAGUGAAGCCCACAGCCGUGAUCUCCUCGCCUGACCCUUCUACCUCACUCUUCCCAGAGAUACCAUUUGAACAUCUGGCUUUUCAUAAAAUCAUUGCAGGCACUGUAGCCCUGUUUUUGUCAGUGUCAUUGAUCCUCCUGGUUAUUUAUGUUUCAUGGAGGCACUACCCCAACACCGUGAGGCAACUGCAGCAGCACUCAGUCAAACAUAAGCGCAGGAAAAAAGGCCGGAAGCAGGAGCAGGACCUUAACUCUCAAUUGCAAGAGUACUACCUGAGCUACCAUUCAAACUCUGAGACCAUGGACUCGCUGGUAAAUGAGGCAAGGCCGUGCACGUGCACCAUUUCAGGAUCAAUAGAAUGUGAAGUAUAGAGUUUCACUUGUCUUUAUGAGACCAGAUGUGACAUUUCUGGGCAAAUCUCUCAUCAGAUAAGUGGUUUUAUAAUAAAUGGCUUCAUGAGAUGUUCCUCUCCACUGCAUUGAAGGAAAUGUUAAGGAAGUGAGUCAACUAGAUCUGUGUGGACAGAGCAAAGAGAUUUUUGCAACGAGCUCAUGAUCACCGUGACUGACACAGGAUCUGUGGCAUGGCGGGAUCUACCUGGUUACCUGUGAAUGACCCAAUCUACAAACUGACGACAAGUCAACUCUGUUGAUCUUUUGGCCCUUUCAUUAAACACGCCGUGUCAUUAUACCAUGUGUAAACCAAUGAGCCAUUUUUUUACUUGCCUGUUUAUAGUGUGAUAAUCAUGUGUUGGUUUUAUAUCUGUAAAAUAUGACAUUGUAGGGGAAAAUCAUUAAGUAUUUGAAUGUGUAUAGUGUGUGUGCUAAAAGCAGGCACUUGCACAGACAUUAUUGAUGGGAGGUGCUCAAGAAAAAAAAAAAAAAAAAAAAAAAAAGGGCAACCAUCGCCAAAAUCAUCAAUACAGUUAAGAAAAAAAACAGCAGUAUAUAUUUAACAAUAUAUUUAUUUCUCUUAACACAUUCAACACAGUGAAUAAUACCACUAUUAACAAAGGCGGUAACUAUUAACAAACGUCAGGUUUUUGUGAUGAACAAAAAUUAGACCAAGAGAGACCAAUGGUUAAUGGUUAACCUAUAACCUGUUACAACUCAAAUAAAACAAAAACAGAGAAGGGAAGUAAAUGUAAACAACUGAGAUGGUUGCACAAGUGGACACACACACACUUUUAAAUGGGGACGUGGCUGUGUACAGAAUUAAGCAAUCACAUUCAAACUCAUGUUAAAUGGGGGUUACCAAACACCUGCCAAUAUUUAAAGUGCCUCUGAUUAACCCUGAAUAAAUUAAUGUGGGAGCGCAUAUGCACAAUUGUCCCAAGAACUCAAAUAAAUGCCCGUGCAUCCAUUUUCCGUAGCGCUUAUCCUCACUAAUGUCGCAGGCGUGCUGGCGCCUAUCACCCUGAACUGGUCGCCAGCCAGUCGCAGCAAAUAUAUACCCAUCAAAUAUCAAAACACUUGGAUUGAUGGAAUUGAUUUUUUAAUUUAAUUUUAGUUUUUUCAAUAUUGAUGAAUGAAGAAAAAAGGCUGCAGCAAAAAGGGCACUUUUUUUUCCAUCCUGGGCAAAAGGGCAUGUGCUAGAGCACCACUUAUGGUCUAUGUGUGCACAUGUCUAGCCAAGAGGACGAGUUUAUCAUCCUGAUUAAAGAAUUCCAGUCAGAUAACUAUUGUCAGUUUUAAUGCUCAGCUAUAUUAGUCUUGGUCAUACCAGUUCAUCAGUUACAAAUAUGACUGCCACAUCAAUUUAGAAAACAAACCUCGACUUGUCUUAUCCUCUGUCGAGAUGAUACUCAUUCAGUCCAAAGUGUAUUAUCACUUUCACUUUCGCUGCAUUUUGUCUCACCCUUUGUUUAUGAACAAUACUGUUACAAGUUCAUGUUAAAACAAAUGUUAAAUUUGAAUGCCUUUAAUCCACCGGACAUAACAUUCUGGCUACACUACUAUUAAAAUGUUAUCCGUUUGCAGUGGUAGUAUCGGCUUCUUAUAUUUCGGUUACCUCGGUUUGAAGAAGUCAAUACCAAAAUAUUAAGAACAGCUCUUAGUGUGAUGCUACAGUAUGCAAUCCAACAUUAUUGUCACCUUAAACUCCAAUAGUACACAUAGUUAUAUGACUACCUUUCUGGCAGUGUCAUUAAAAACUGAUUCAAAACAUUCUAAACUACAGCUCCCGUAUUGGAGCUCAUUAAGCUCAUUGAUCUUAAAGUUGUCGUGUAUUUGUUGUGACAAAUGUUAUAUUGAUUCUGCUUUGUUUGUGAAAAGUGCUAACAAAUACGGUUUACUAGGCAUUGCAGAGACAAUGACUGUAAUUAAAAGAAACAGUGACGGUGAAAAUGUGAGUUGAUGAAGGAAAGGAAAGGAAACAUCCUUUAUUCCUGCACUUGCAGAGUUACACAUUCCACAGGAUGUGAAGGCGCAUACAAAAUUGAUGGCAUGUUUUCCCAUUUUCCAUCCUCCUUUGUAACCGUUCUCUUGUUUUUAAUAACAUCGAUGGCAGUAUUGACUAAAUGUGGGUCAUUGGUGUUGAAACAAUCUGGUUUAUAUAGGCCCGAGUCCACAAGUACAAAAAGCAACAACAACACCAACAAAAACUAAGAAAUGGAAAAGGAGAACUGAGGCAGGCUCCGUGGGGAUUGUGGUUGCUAUGGGUGAAGUCUGGUACGCUGUUAGGAAGAUAUUAUCCACCUUCAUCUCUCGUCUUCCUCUGCUUUCCUUCUACCUCUCUCUUUCUGUGUUUCCUUGAACACUGACGAUAACCUGCACCUGGGGACACGUGGGCAUGUGUUGAGUCAGGCAGGAUUAACUGCUGCUCUUCCCAUGUGAAAGCUAUAAAAAGGUUAUAUUUCGCCGGCGCGUGAGCCGUGACCUGUACACUUAAUUAGUGAACUACAGAUGUCAUUUUAAUCCCAGCGGUCAUGCAUGUCAUUCCUUGUUUUUGUUCCCUAUAGUUUUUGUAUUUCAUUUUGUUGAUGAAGAAGGUGCAGCAUUAGUCCAAAUGUUUGUUUUGAUUAAUGGUACUUGGUAAUUGACCGAUGCUUGCGUUUAUUAGGAUGAAUUUCUGUCACGGACCAAUGGGAACAUUUCCAAAUGCAACAACCAAAAGAAAAUACCACGCACACUAUAAAAGAGUUGUUGAUCCAAGUUUGACAGAUAUUGUAAUUACUGUUUGAUUUGUCACAUAGUGACUGAUGAAAAGUAUUUUUUCCAUGUUUUUGUGCUGUGUGUAGCCAAGAAAGGAAUGCUAAUUAGAGAGUUGUGGACUGCAUCUUGCAGACCAUUAUCGGGGUUAUUUGUUUGGGUGAAAUAUUGCAGCAGUGCACAGUAUUGACUGAGCUACAAGGUACAAAAACAACAACACUCUGCGUGCAAAAUCAGGGGGAAAAAAGUCUAUAUGCUGUCAGUUUCCUAAAAUGGAGAAUGUCCUUGAGUUGACGGAGGCAUCUUAGAGCAGACAGCAAAAACAAGCAGAUGAUGAGGAAAGAAUCCUGCCGGCAAACGUCCAGAAAUAUGAUUGGGUUUCUCUGUGUUCUUGUAAUGUCAGACUGUGAGGGGCCAGUGCUCACUUGGCAGGCGUGAAAUUUUGAUUUACAUCUGUCACUGCACAUUCUAUUUCGAGCAUAGCAUCCGUGCCAUGUUAUCCUUGUGUUUGCCAAAGGUUAGAGCCCAAUUUACAAGGUAAAAUGAAGCCAAUGCGGCAGCGAUGACAUGCCAUUAAAGAUGACGCUUAAGGUUUUAUUGGUAUUGCUUUAUUUUCCAUUGUAUGAGGUUAAAAAAAAAUCAAUAGCCAUUUAUAACUUUGAGGGAACUUCUUUAGUCUUGUGGGAGUUACAAUCAAUGUCUUUUUAUGGUAAUGUGCUAUACAGUAUGUUGCAUCUGCCUCCUUAAAACUGUCCCCAUUGAAAGGGAAUUACAUUUCCAACUUGGUGAAAUCUAAUGUUGCAGAGAAACAUUGGAUGUGUCCCAGAAAUCAUUCAACUCAUGGAAGAGGACCGCAUUGGAACCUGCUGGACUUCCUCAAUUUGUUUGUUAAUAUGUGAACAUAAAAAUAAGAUUUUCAUCAAGUUUCUAUAAUAAAGUUAUUACAGUCACCAA